GGGCCAGGCGGUACUGGCGCUCUGACUGCACUGCGGCGCGCCGGAAGCAUCCCGCGCCACGGCGCAGCGGAGUGGCGGCUGCACCGCGGGAUCUGCGCCACCAUGCCGGCCACCGGGAAGACGUUCCGUCGGCGCCGAGCCGACUCGGAGUCGGAGGAAGAUGAGCAGGACUCAGAGGAGGUUCGAUUAAAACUAGAAGAGACCAGAGAGGUGCAGAACUUGAGGAAAAGACCCAACGGAGUGAGUGCUGUGGCCCUGCUGGUGGGAGAGAAGGUACAAGAGGAAACCACACUAGUGGAUGAUCCCUUUCAAAUGAAGACAGGUGGUAUGGUGGAUAUGAAGAAACUGAAGGAAAGGGGCAAAGAUAAGAUCAGUGAAGAGGAAGACCUUCACCUGGGGACUUCAUUUUCUGCAGAAACCAACCGAAGAGAUGAGGAUGCAGACAUGAUGAAGUACAUUGAGACAGAGCUAAAGAAGAGGAAAGGGAUUGUGGAACAUGAGGAGCAGAAAGUCAAGCCAAAGAAUGCAGAGGACUGUCUUUAUGAACUUCCGGAAAACAUCCGCGUUUCCUCAGCAAAGAAGACUGAGGAGAUGCUUUCCAACCAGAUGCUGAGUGGCAUCCCCGAGGUGGACCUCGGCAUUGAUGCUAAAAUAAAAAAUAUCAUUUCCACGGAGGAUGCCAAGGCCCGUCUGCUGGCAGAGCAGCAAAACAAGAAGAAAGACAGUGAGACAUCCUUUGUGCCUACCAACAUGGCUGUGAAUUAUGUGCAGCACAACCGGUUUUAUCAUGAGGAGCUCAAUGCUCCCAUACGGAGAAACAAAGAAGAGCCCAAAGCCCGACCCUUGAGAGUGGGUGACACAGAGAAGCCAGAGCCUGAACGGUCCCCUCCUAACCGCAAGCGCCCUGCUAACGAGAAGGCCACUGAUGACUAUCACUAUGAAAAGUUCAAGAAGAUGAACAGGCGGUACUGAGGCAUCCAGACUGGCAUGUAAAUAGCACCUUCGUCUCCCUCCCUCUCAGGAAAGGCUUCCUGGACAGAAGCCUGCUCAUUUGCUAGCAGGCAGUUCCAAAAACAGACUCUGAUUAGUCCGGCUGCUUACCUGCUGGAUUUUCCAAGCACUAAACUUGUAACUUUUUGAAAUGAAACAAUGUGUAGUUUUCCUAUUUGGGGGCAAACUCUAUGGUGAGAGUUAUUAAAACUUGUUUAUGAAUAUGUUGACUUUCUCUUAAUAUUCUGAGUCAGAAGGAAACAACUAUGUGUACAUAGUGUGAUAAUCCCCUUUAGAUAGUGAUUUUAUUAUUAUAUACACAAUCAUGUCUUUCAGUUUCGCGUAUUUGAAAUGGGUGUCAGAAACGCAUCCUUGAUUGUUUAGGGUGGGUCCAGGUGAUGGCAAAAAAAUCUAGGGUGGGAUCCAAGUGAUACCGGUAUUUUCUGAUUUUUACUAAGUUAUCUGUUUCUUUAAAAAAGUAAA